CUCCCUCCCCCCUUUCCUAUUUCUCUCUCUCUCUCUCUCUCUCUCUCUCUCUCUCUCUCUCUCCUCUGCAACUAUAAGCAGCUCGUCAAUGGAGUCUCAGAUCUAACCCACAGUUCAAAUCUGAAGCACACUUCGGGAACGACAUCGUCUUUUAAGUACUUUCUGGAAAAUUAGAAGCUGUUAUAAGAAUUUUUCAAUUUUUUUAAUUUUAAAUUUUUUUUUUUCUUUUGGUGGAGUACUAAGUUUGAGAAAGCUUCGGAUAGUGGUAAUGCUGAGAAUGGCGAACUCGUUCCCAGAAGAGGUUCUGGAGCACGUGUUCUCAUUUAUACAGUCCGAUAAGGACCGGAACUCGAUCUCCAUGGUGUGCAAGUCAUGGUACGAGAUAGAAAGGUGGUGCAGGAGGAGGAUAUUCGUCGGCAACUGCUAUGCCGUCAGCCCUAGGAUGGUGAUCAGACGGUUCCCGGAGGUGAGAUCUAUUGAGCUCAAAGGGAAGCCCCACUUCGCGGACUUCAAUCUGGUCCCUGAGGGCUGGGGAGGCUAUGUUCAGCCUUGGAUCGUUGCCAUGAUUGGUGCUUACCCUUUGCUUGAGGAGAUCAGGCUCAAGAGGAUGGUUGUCACCGACGACAGCUUGGAGCUCAUAGCUAAGUCUUUCAAGAAUUUCAAGGUCUUGGUCCUCUCCUCGUGUGAGGGAUUCAGUACUGAUGGGCUCGCCGCCAUUGCUGCCAAUUGCAGGAAUCUGCGAGAGCUAGACUUGCGGGAGAGUGAAGUGGAUGACCUGAGUGGGCAUUGGCUUAGCCAUUUUCCUGAUACGUAUACCUCAUUGGUUUCUCUUAAUAUUGCUUGCUUAGUGUCAGAGGUUAGUUUCUCUGCUCUUGAACGUCUUGUGGGGCGAUGUCCCAACUUGAGGAGUCUUCGGCUCAACCGUGCUGUGCCCCUUGAGAGGCUAGCCAACCUUCUUCGUCGGGCACCUCAACUGGUUGAGUUAGGCACAGGUGCUUACUCAGCUGAGUUACGACCAGAUGUCUUCUCUAACCUAGCAGGAGCACUUUCGGACUGCAAGGAACUGAAGAGCUUGUCUGGGUUCUGGGAUGUGGUCCCAGCAUACCUUCCAGCCGUUUAUUCUACCUGCCCCGGGCUGACAACAUUGAACUUGAGCUAUGCCACUAUUCAAAGCCCUGAUCUUAUCAAGCUUGUUAGCCAGUGUCAGAAUUUACAGUGCCUAUGGGUAUUGGAUUACAUUGAAGAUGUUGGCCUCGAUGCCCUUGCAGCUUCUUGCAAGGAUUUAAGAGAAUUAAGAGUGUUUCCAUCUGACCCAUUUGGCAUGGAACCAAAUGUGGCAUUGACAGAACAGGGCCUUGUCUCUGUUUCUGAAGGCUGCCCAAAACUCCACUCCGUUUUGUACUUUUGCCGUCAAAUGUCAAAUGCUGCCUUAUUGACCAUUGCCAGGAACCAACCUAAUUUUACAUGUUUUCGCCUUUGUAUUAUUGAGCCGCAUACUCCUGAUUAUCUUACUCGUCAGCCGCUUGAUGUGGGUUUUGGUGCCAUUGUUGAGCACUGCAAGGAUCUCCGGCGGUUAUCAGUCUCUGGUCUCCUCACCGAUCGUGUGUUUGAGUAUAUCGGUACUCAUGGUAAAAAGCUAGAGAUGCUUUCUUUGGCUUUUGCGGGAGACAGUGACUUGGGGCUUCAUCAUGUGUUAUCUGGGUGUGAAAAUCUUCGGAAACUGGAGAUUAGGGACUGCCCUUUUGGUGAUAAGGCUCUUUUGGCCAAUGCUGCAAAGCUGGAGACAAUGCGAUCCCUUUGGAUGUCUUCUUGCUCAGUGAGUUAUGGAGCAUGUAAGCUGCUAGGUCAGAAGAUGCCCAGGCUUAAUGUUGAAGUUAUUGAUGAGAGGGGACACCCAGAUACUAGGCCAGAAAGCUGCCCUGUUGAGAAGCUCUACAUUUAUCGGUCUGUUGCUGGUCCUAGGUCCGACAUGCCUGGAUUUGUUUGGACCAUGGGUGGAGAUUCUGACUUCAAGCCCCAUAAAUUAAACAUCAUCUGAUGUCUGAAGUGGGUACAGGCAGGUGCAUGCUUUAUAUGGUAGUCAUUGUUCUGCAUUUGAUUUUAUGUAAGCCUAAUAUAGUUGCAGCUCUGAUUGAGAGUGGGAACGACAAGAGGUAUGGGAGGGAGGGGUAUACAGAGGCUCAAGAGCUCUCUUGCCAUUCAUUUUACUCGUUGGCUGAGCUAUGGGAUACCAGUUAGUAAAUUAAUAAAGAGAUUAGACUGCUGUUGUUGUUGUCAUAUGAUAUUGGACAGAGUUAUUUUAUUCGGCAUAGUCACCUUGUAUACUACUGCAGACUUUUGCAUGUUUAUGCAUUUAUGCUGCCUUGUUUUCAGCAGGAAGUAAUUAUCUUGUGGACCCAUUUGUAUCAUUGUUAGCCUUCACGAAGGAAAUAAAGUUUCAUAUUCUAUUA